AUGUAUAGUCGCAUAAUCACUCCACGGGGUCGGUUUCUCCUGCCGGGAUUCGGUACCCGGUUACCCGUACAUACAAAUGUGAGGUGCUUCGAGCCGGGGAAGAGAUACUUCACCCGCAAUUCGUUCUUAGGCAGAAAUGCCUCCGCAGCGCCUUUCAGUACGCCGCAGGCUCAGAAGCGGAAAGCGUCUACACUGUACUUUACUGCGAGUAUUAUUCUAGGAACUGUUGCUCUUGCAUAUGGCUCCGUCCCUCUUUAUAAAAUGAUCUGCCAACAGACCGGCUGGGGUGGUCAACCCAUCCUUACUCAUCGUGGAGGAGACGCCGAUACCGCCUCUCGCCUGACUCCAGUGACAGACUCUCGUCGACUCCGGAUUACGUUCAAUGGUUCAGUCUCAGACGUCUUGCCCUGGAAGUUCACCCCGCAACAACGUGAAGUCCGAGUGCUGCCAGGUGAAACUGCACUUGCCUUCUACACGGCGACAAACAAGGGCCCAUCGGAUAUCAUCGGUGUUGCUACAUACAGCGUCUCUCCGGGUCAGGUCGCCCCGUACUUCAGUAAGAUCCAAUGUUUCUGUUUUGAAGAGCAGAAAUUGAACGCCGGGGAAUCUGUCGACAUGCCUGUUUUCUUCUACAUCGAUCCGGAUUUCACGAAAGACCCGCAAAUGCAGGGUAUCGACACGAUUACACUUUCAUACACGUUCUUCAUUGACAAGCUGCGACCACGCUCACUCGACGGUCUGUCAUACCACCAUGAAUUGUCCGCGCGAUUGAAGUCCCUGGCACAAAGCGGGGAUUUCCCUCAUCUACUCAUGUACGGACCAUCAGGCGCAGGCAAAAAGACCCGGACAAUUGCGACCCUGAAGGAAUUGUAUGGCCCGGGCGUGGAGAAGAUCAAAAUCGACGCCAGAGUCUUCCAGACGACGAGUAACCGAAAGCUUGAAUUCAACAUUGUAUCGUCCGUUUAUCAUCUUGAGAUUACACCUUCAGACGUCGGGAACUAUGAUCGUGUCGUUGUGCAGGAGCUACUCAAAGAAAUUGCGCAAACGCAGCAAGUCGAUCUCUCGGCAAAACAGAGGUUCAAGGUCGUCGUAAUAAAUGAGGCAGAUCAUUUGACUCGCGACGCCCAAGCAGCCCUGAGACGGACUAUGGAGAAAUACAGUCCCAACCUGCGACUAAUUCUGUUGGCCAAUAGUACUUCAAAUAUCAUUGCUCCUAUCCGUUCCCGAACUCUGCUGGUCAGGGUUGCGGCCCCCACGGAGGAACAAAUUUGCACCGUUCUAAGCACCGCAGGCAAGAGGGAAGGCUGGCCGGAGGCGCCUGGGCUCAAUAAGAGGAUAGCGAAGGAGAGCGGACGCAAUCUCCGGCGCGCUCUGCUCAUGUACGAGGCCAUCUAUGCUCAAAGUGAGAAAGUGACAGAUGACACUCCAAUCCCACCUCCCGACUGGGAGGUCCUCAUCUCUGUGACGGCCGAUGAGAUUCUAGCUGAGCGGUCGCCUGCACGACUGUUGCAAGUCCGAGCGCGCCUGUAUGAUCUCUUGACUCACUGUAUACCGCCCACUACUAUUAUCAAGACCCUCACAUUCAAGCUCAUCGCUAAGGUGGACGAUGACCUGAAGCCCGAUGUUAUUAAAUGGUCCGCAUUCUAUGAGCACAGAAUCACGCAAGGCAGCAAAGUAAUCUUUCAUCUCGAGGCCUUUGUUGCUAAAUUCAUGCGCAUCUAUGAAAGUUACCUGAUGGGCAUGGACUUUUAG